CUCUCAGAAGCCCGACCCAUCCAGCACUUUAUGCUAGAAAGGUGCCACAUCCACAACCAUGAGUGAAUUGGGUAACAGUGCACUUACCUUCAGCGGAGAUGAUUUCUCCUACCUGUUGGAGAACAUCAGCUUCUCCCCCGACUACUACAACGAGAGUGACACCUGCUGCUCUGUGCCACCCUGCACCUCCAAGAGUAUCCAGGCCUUUGACAGGGUCUUCCUGCCAGUCCUCUACAGCCUGCUAUUCCCACUGGGGCUAUGUGGGAACUGCAUGGUGAUGGCUGUGCUACUGCAGUGCAAGAGGUCUCUGGCUGGGACCGACGUGUUCAUCCUCAACCUGGCGCUCGCCGACGUACUGCUGGUGGUGACACUCCCCUUUUGGGCAGUUCAGGCUGUGCACGGCUGGGUCUUCAGCACUGGCACCUGCAAACUGGUCGGCUCCAUCUUCAAGAUAAAUUUCUACUCCAGCAUCUUCUUCCUGGUGUGCAUCAGCUUCGACCGGUACCUCUCCAUUGUCCAUGCCGUGCACAUGUACAAGAGGAACAAGUCACAUCUGAUGGUGGCCAGCUGCCUGGUGGUCUGGGGCAUCUGCGUCCUCUUAACCAUGCCAGAUUUCCUGUACCUGGAAGUCAAGAAGGACUAUCGCCUCAACAUCACUUUGUGCUCGCACAACUUUUCCAUCAACACCUCCCGGCACUGGAAAACGGCCCUGAGCAUGUGCUACCACGUGUUGGGCUUCUUCCUGCCCCUGGGAGCCAUGCUGUACAGCUACACCUGCAUUAUUCACACUCUGCUGCGCUCCCAGGGCUUCCACAAGCACAAGGCCAUGCGGGUCAUCCUGACAGUGGUGGUGGUUUUCUUCGUGUGCUGGACACCUUACCACCUGGCGCUGCUGGCAAACACGCUGAUCGACCUGCAGGUGGUGGGGCGGGACUGUGCCAGGGAGGCCAGCCUGGACAUCGUCAUGUCUGUCACUGCCAGCCUGGGCUACUUCCACUGCUGCCUCAACCCGCUGCUCUACGCCUUCGUUGGCAUCAAGUUCCGCAACAAGUUCCUGGAGCUACUGGGCCACGUGGGCUGUGUGAGCCAUGAGUUCCUGCGCAGACACGUACAGACACCGAGCCAGCGCAAGGACUCCACCUGGUCGGAGACCACUGAAGCAUCCUACUCAGGGCUCUAGGGGCGAGCUGGGGCUGCAAGGGGCAAACAGCUCCCCAAGGGGGCAGGGAAGGGGAGAAGGGGCGGCAAGGAGUGAAACAUUCCCCAAGGGGCAGGGAAGGGGAGACAAGCAGUCACUAUAAUCAUAGCCAGACAUCUGUGGUUACUCAGCCUCCUGUGCAGCUCACCCACAAGCAGGAGUGCAGGAGCUGAGAGACUCAGAAUGAGCUGGGAAGAAACAGUAGAUUUCUGAUGGGCUGGUGCGAUCACCAAAUCUCUGUGGAUUGUAGGUGCAGAUGCCAGAGGUUGUACAUGUGGUUUCCGAGCAGGCCAUGGGUCUGUCCCUUCCCCUAAAUCAGUUACCAGGUGCCAAGUGCUGAGCCAUGUCAGUCAAUGCAGCAAGGUUGCAUUUUCAGGACCUUCAGAUCAUCAUAACAAGAGAAUCUGGAAGUUUCCUACUGAAGAUAUUAGUCUGGCUGGAACAGAUGGGGCCAGGUCCUGCAGCACAGGCAAGCCAAUGCUGCAAUGUAACAUCCCCGGUACAUACUGGCUGCACACACCAAAGGGACUCAGUGACCUCCCCCCAAAACAGCACUUGGAUCAGAGUCCCCGACUCUCAGCCUAGUGUUCACUCCUCCAACACCGUCCCUGCUCUCUGCAUCACUUAUGCUUACAACAGCCCCACUAGGUGUCUAACCGUAGCAUCUAGGAGCUCUAAUCAUGGACACACUGUACAAACACAGAACAAAAACAGUCCCUGCCCCACUGGCCAAUGACUUUCCUCUUCCAAUUCAAGUCCUUGCUGAGGUGCUCACAAUCAACAACA